UGUUAAUGAAGAACAGUGUUGUUGUUCCCUUGGUGUAGAGGAACAAGGCAGGUGACGUACAGAAAAAGCAUAGCCUCUAUUGGAAAGUAUUGUGAAGUAUGGAUAAGUUUGUCAUUCGUAAACCUAGAAGCUCACCAUCAAGUCCAAGUAAAAGAGGAAACUGUUUAAAGCAAGCAACUCUUGAGUCAUUAAAGGGUGUUGUGAUAAUAGAAGAACUAGAGAGAGCCAAGGUUGUUCUAGAGCGAAGUGAUACUUCUAUUGAGCUGAAGGUGGACACACUACAGCACUUGAAGCGCAAGACACCAGCCAAGGAGAUCCUCAUCAAAACUCAUAUAGGUAAAACAGUGCACAAGUUGUGUAAGGCGAAGGAUGCAGACGUGGCAGCAGCAGCCAAGGAGGUGUACGGGUUGUGGAAGGAUCACGUGCUCAGCAAAGUCAACAGACCACUGCUGGAGGUGAAGUGUGAUCCUAAGACUCAGGGUUUUCGUGACACAGCCAGACGAAUGAUAUUUGAUGCCCUGAUGAAGACUGAAAGUGGGGACAGUUCAAGUGAGGAUCAGGUAACUAACAAAGAAGAAAUACAAAGAGAUGAAGAAAAAAGUAAAACAAAAAAGAAACAGAAGGAUGUAAAGGACAGCAGCAAAGUUAAGGUUGAAGCACUUGCAGAGUACAUAGAGCGGGAUGUGUACCAGGCAACUCGAAGGCUGGUUAAUAAAGCAUACCGCCGUACCAUCAGAACACUUGUCUUUACUUUUAAACACCAGAGUGAUGUAAGAGUAGCAGUAAAAUCAUCAACAUUGUCAGUAGAAGAACUUGUGAAACAACACUUAAAGCGCUGAGUAUUUUGUCGUGUGAUGCUUGACCAGGGGUCACCAACCCUUUCUUAAAUAAGAGUUACUUUUGACUAAUGAAAAGUUUCAAGAGCUACUAAAAUAUAAGUUGGAAAUACAGUACAUACUGUAUAUGAAUUGAUGAGAGUACAAAAUUAUUCACUACAGUUCAGUUACAAAAAUAUACAUUUAAAGUGAAGGAAAUUUGAUUUUUAUCUUUACUAAAGUGAAAAGCUUGCCACUGCAUGCUGUACCACCUGUGUUGUGUACUGUACUUUAGUGUGUAUCCUGAGAGGAGACAUUCAGAUACAGUUCAUGUUGGAAGAGGUAGAGCCAAACAGGGAAGCCACUGUCAUUCCUACCUCCCGGAUGUUGCUGUGUCUUUCAGUAUCACGAGGCUCCAGAACCUUGUGGCAGAUUGCCUUGAUUUCAACUGAAUGUUAUUUUGAAGGUUGAUAGUCACCAUUUCCAAAGGCCAAACAUCACACUAAUUUGUUCAAAAAUUUUACUAACGUCCACUACCAUGAAGGGCUUUGUAAUAAACAUGACACAGGGCUCCAUCACUAGAUCUGUCAUGGAACUCCUGUCCAAAACUGGUCAGGAAAUCAUUGUACUUAUUAGUGUCCAUGAUCCUGACAUCAGUCUCAUUUGCUGCUAGUAUUUGGAGCAGAGGGAAAAUAUAUAUAUUUUUUUCUGGACUUGGUAUACCAGAAGGUUAAGUUUCCACUUGCAACCUUUCACUGCACUAAUCAUUGUCUUCUGCUUCUCUUCCACUCUACAGUUGAGGUCAUUCAAUUUGUGUGAUAAUUGGGAAGUACAGUAUCUUUAUUUCUUGACUCCAUGAAAGCUUUAAUUUCUAGUAAGAGUCAAACAAAUUGACACAGUAUUUUUACUUUGCUAAGCCAUCCGAUUUAGUGCAGCAAUAAAUCACUAUACUCGGCUAACAGUUCAUCCAGAAAGGACUUGAAACUUGAAUCCUCUUUGGCCCUUGUAUGAAUCAAAUUAACAAGUCUAAUAACAGGAGAGAUAGGUGAUCAAACCCCACAAAGUGCCUGUUGAUAAUGAUACAGUGGUAGUUCAAGAAAUGAGUGUCUGCUUUACACAUCACAAUGAAACUGGCAUGCCACCUGAUCAUUGCUUGCACACCAUCGUUUGUCAUUACGACUAUUUUUUUAUUUUAUUUAUUUAUUACUUUUACGGGGAUUAGCCCACCCAUACACAGGUCACCGACCCACAUCAGGGCCUGAGGGGUGGAAAAAAAAUCAC